UCAUUCAACCUUCGCCUGGUCAAUGGCACUCGUGCUGGAGAAGGCCGAGUGGAGAUUUUCUUCAACGGAACUUGGGGGACUGUAUGUGAUGACAACUUCGACGGCAAUGCAGCAACCGCAGUUUGCCGGCAGCUUGGCUUCCUCAGAGGAGAGCCCUUCGGCCAGGCCUUUUUUGGACAGGGCACGGGUCCUAUCCUUCUCGAUGGCUUUAAUUGCAACUCUACAGUCAGCCGUCUGGACCAGUGCACCAUUCCUGCUAUGGCUUCUCAUGACUGUGGCCAUGUAGAGGAUGCUGGAGUCCGCUGCACAACUGACAUCCGCCUGGUCAACGGCAGCACUGCUGGAGAAGGGCGAGUAGAAGUCUUUUUCAACGGAGCCUGGGGGACUGUGUGUGACGACAACUUUGACGCAAACGCUGCAAACGCAGUAUGUCGCCAGCUUGGAUUCCCACUUGGCACACCUUUCGGCAAUGCAGCUUUUGGGCAGGGCACAGGUCCUAUCCAACUUGACGGCUUCACUUGCUCCUCUACAGCCAGCCGCCUGGACUCAUGCACAAUUCCUGCCUGGGCCACUCAUGACUGCAGCCAUUCUGAGGAUGCAGGAGUACGUUGUGGUAGUCAAUCGUUCGAUGUUCGCCUGGUUAACGGCAGCCGUGCUGGAGAAGGGCGAGUGGAGAUUUUGUACGGUGGAGCUUGGGGAACUGUGUGUGAUGACAACUUCGACGGCAAUGCAGCAACCGCAGUUUGCCGGCAGCUUGGCUUCCUCAGAGGAGAGCCCUUCGGCCAGGCCUUUUUUGGACAGGGCACGGGUCCUAUCCUUCUCGAUGGCUUUAAUUGCACCUCGUCAGUCAGCCGUCUGGACCAGUGCACCAUUCCUGCUAUGGCUUCUCACGACUGCAGCCAUGUAGAGGAUGCUGGCGUCCGCUGCACAACUGACAUCCGCCUGGUCAACGGCAGUCGUGCUGGAGAAGGGCGAGUAGAAGUCUUUUUCAACGGAGCCUGGGGAACUGUGUGUGACGACAACUUUGACGCAAACGCUGCAAACGCAGUAUGUCGCCAGCUUGGAUUCCCACCUGGCAUACCUUUCGGCAAUGCAGCUUUUGGGCAGGGCACAGGUCCCAUCCAACUUGACGGCUUCAUUUGCUCCUCUACAGCCAGCCGCCUGGACUCAUGCACAAUUCCUGCCUGGGCCACUCACGACUGCAGCCAUUCUGAGGAUGCAGGAGUACGUUGUGGAGGUAGUCAAUCGUUCGAUGUUCGCCUGGUUAGCGGCAGCCGUGCUGGAGAAGGGCGAGUGGAGAUUUUGUACGGUGGAGCUUGGGGAACUGUGUGUGAUGACAACUUCGACGGCAAUGCAGCAACUGCAGUUUGCCGGCAGCUUGGCUUCCUCAGAGGAGAGCCCUUCGGCCAGGCCUUUUUUGGACAGGGCACGGGUCCUAUCCUUCUCGAUGGCUUUAAUUGCACCUCGUCAGUCAGCCGUCUGGACCAGUGCACCAUUCCUGCUAUGGCUUCUCACGACUGCAGCCAUGUAGAGGAUGCUGGAGUCCGCUGCACAACUGACAUCCGCCUGGUCAACGGCAGCACUGCUGGAGAAGGCCGAGUGGAAGUCUUUUACAAUGGAACCUGGGGGACUGUGUGUGACGACAACUUUGACGCAAACGCUGCAAACGCAGUGUGUCGCCAGCUUGGAUUCCUAUCUGGCACACCUUUCGGCAAUGCAGCUUUUGGGCAGGGUACAGGUCCUAUCCAACUUGACGGCUUCACUUGCUCCUCUACAGCCAGCCGCCUGGACUCAUGCACAAUUCUUGCCUGGGCCACUCAUGACUGUAGCCAUUCUGAGGAUGCAGGAGUACGUUGUGGAGGUAAGAUGGUGCUGCAUACAAAUCUAGUAACGUUGAUUGGGUUCUCAGACAAUUCGUAG